AUGACAUUCGGUGGCUUUCAAUCGACAUGGGGCAAGGUAUACCGAUACUUCCCACUAAAGCUCUGGUUCCUACUAUCCAUCUUGAUAUUUGAGAUCGGAAGUCUUGUUUGCGGCGUCGCCAAAAACUCAGUUACGCUCAUCGUUGGCCGGGCCAUUGCAGGACUUGGUGCCUCGGGUGUUGCUGCAGGGGUAUUCACUGUGGUUGGCUUCGCUGCUUCUCCGGAGACUCGUCCUAAACUCCUCGGGCUGGUCGGUGCGACAUAUGGUAUCAGUGCAGUCCUCGGGCCCCUACUUGGCGGAGCCUUCACAGACAAAGUGUCCUGGCGAUGGUGCUUCUACAUCAACCUCCCAGUCGGUGGCCUUGCAGCUGCGGUAAUCUUCCUGUGCUUCAAGCCUCCUGGCAGCGCCAAACCCGCUGAAGCUCCAUUGAGUGAGAAACUGCUGCAGCUGGACUUGGUUGGUGCGGCGCUCAUGAUGGGCCUGAUCGUAUGCUACAUCCUUGCGCUGCAGUAUGGCGGCCAAACGCACCUAUGGAAGAGCAGCGAGGUGAUAGGUCUCAUCGUCGGCUUUGUGCUCAUACUCGCAGUGUUCGUUUGCUGGGAGAUCUACCAGAAAGAGCGGGCCAUGAUUGUCGCUCGUCUGGUCACGAAGCGCUACGUCUCAGUCGGAUCGAUCUUCAUCUCCUACUUCAUCCUGCUCUUUUACCUCCCGAUCUACUUCCAGAGUAUCCACAACAGCAGUCCGAUCGGCUCUGGUGUCAAGCUACUCGCUACGAUCAUCCCUUUGACCAUAGGUGCCAUCUUCCAAGGCUUCGCGUUUGCUAAGAUCGGCAGAGCCCCGGUCUUCUGGGCAGUUGGAGGCAUGCUUGGGACUGUUGCUUGCGGACUUCUCUAUACUCUCGAUCAACAUACAUCUUCGGGAAAGUGGAUCGGGUACCAGAUCCUGGCGGGCUCAACGAUCGGCGGGACUUUUCAGGUCGCCAUAGCGAACGCACAGGCUCAGGCGCAACCUGAAGACUUGUCGCAAGUCAGCGCGAUCGUCACUUUCUUCAUCACCAUUGGAGGAUCCUUCUUCAUCUCAGCCGCACAGUCUGCGUUCAACAAUCAGCUUAUAGCAGCGACAAGAAAGACCUUGCCAGAAGUUUCUCCCAUGCAAAUCUUGGGCACCGGGGCUAGCCAGAUCCGACAAUACUUUAGCCCAUCAGAACUGCCUUUCAUACUGGAUGGCUACAUGGUUGGUCUCAAAGCCGUCUUUGCUAUUGCCAUAGCGGCUUCUGGAAUCGCGACCGUUGUGGGUGUACUGGGCGACUGGAAAAAGCUUGACGAGCAGGAGAUGAAGAAAGCCACCGGUGGAGCUGUAUAG